UCAGUGCAUUGUUGCACGACGGCUCUUUGAGAAGACUGUCAAGAUUGUACAAUACAAAACACAAAACAACAAAUCUGAAUUUCGCUCUCGGUCACAUUUCUAAUUCGUAAAUUUCGUUUUGAUGAAAAAAAGCGAAUUUUUCGCCAAAUUUCUAAUAAAAAGCUGAAUUCGCAUUUCGAUAUAAUUUGAUCAAUUCACGGAUAUUUACCGCUUAAAUGGCAGACGACGAUGAUGGAAAAGAAUACAGAUGGGAGACCGGCUAUGAAAAGACAUGGGAAGCAAUCAAAGAAGACGAAGAUGGGAUGGUGGAGGGAGCAAUAGCUGACAUAAUACAGAAAGCGAAGCGCAAACGGCAAGCCCAGAAGAAGGGACACAGUCGUCUAGGUAUGAUGAGACAUUUCUACAUUAUUGUCGACUGUUCGGAAUCAAUGUCUAUGCCGGAUCUUAAGCCCACUCGUAUUAUGUGUACCACAAAGCUGCUCGAUAAGUUCAUUGAAGAGUUUUUCGACCAGAAUCCCAUCAGUCAAUUGGGCGUGAUUGUAAUGAAAAGCAAACGAGCUGAAAAACUAUCGGAAAUGGCCGGCAGUUCGAGGAAGCACAUCAAGGCAUUGGCUCAAAUGAAUAAGAUGCAGUUGACUGGUGAACCAUCACUCCAGAACGGUCUCGAGUUGGCAUUGCAAACGCUAAAGAUGAUACCAUCGCACGCCAGCCGCGAAAUUCUAAUCAUCAUGGGAAGUCUAACAACGUGCGAUCCGGGCGAUAUCAACACGACAAUUGAAACACUCAAAAAGGAAGGGGUGCGAUGUUCGGUUGUAAGUCUGUCCGCAGAAAUACGAAUCUGUCGCCAUCUCGCCACUGAAACGGGUGGACUGUACAGUGCUGUGCUGGACGACACACAUUAUCGCGAUCAACUGUUACAGCAUAUCGAUCCACCGCCGGCGGCCCAAACACAAGAAAAUUCAUUGAUCAAAAUGGGAUUUCCACAUAGUCAUUGUGAAGAGGCCAAGGAGCCAGCUCUGACGAUGUGCAUGUGUCACAUUGACAACGUUGAUGAACCCAGUAAAUUAACGGCCGGUGGAUAUCAGUGCCCCCAAUGUAGCAGCAAAUACUGUGAGCUGCCCGUGUCAUGCGUAUCCUGUAAUUUAACACUAGUGUCAGCACCACAUUUGGCUCGGUCCUAUCAUCACUUAUUUCCCGUGAACCCGUUCCGCGAGAUUCCGUUUACCAAGCAACGUGAUCUGUGCUACGCAUGCCAGAAAACCUUCAACGAUCUGGACAAAAAUGUGUACCAAUGCGAUCUGUGCUCGCAGGUGUUUUGCAUCGAUUGUGAUAUUUUCAUCCAUGACACAUUGCACAUUUGUGUGGGAUGUACAACGAUUCCGAUGGCUGCACAAAGUGUCCACAUGAGAGAGCCCGUCUACAAAGCGAACGCUCAUUAUGCGAAUUGAACCGGAAUUGAUUGAUGAUGUCCAAUAAAGUAAUCGCUGUCCGAAUGUAAGAA